CGAGACCGAGGCGAACGGUCACCAAGGGGACGAGAAGCUCCUCAGACUGUCGAUAUUCCUGCCGGAAGCACCAGAUUUAAGAGGAUACUCCAUAGUGGCGACGUGCUGAAAGACCGGCUCCUAUCAUUCCCUCUGUGUCUCUGUGAAGAGUGAUUGGUGUUUCUGCUGGAUCAGCAGGAAGCUCAUAUUCGAAAGCAUAAAAAAAUCAGAUUAUCAGUAUUAAUUGGAAACCGAGAGUGGGACAACGUCACACAGCGAAGGAGAGUUUUAAAGCCCGAACCUUGAAAAUGGCAGCGAACAGUGACAUGCAUCUCUAGAACUGGUGAGAGUAUAUCAUGACCCAGAGAAGACCUGAGGAAGGAGGCUGCCUGUGGACCCUUUAUCUGAACAAUAUGCUUUCACUUUGGCUGUGGAAUCAGGGAGAACCAUCUCUAAACAGAUUACCAGAAAAUGGUUUAAGAGAGAAACUGUAAUAUUACUAUAUUUUUAAUGAUCAACAAGCGAAUCAGGAACUUGGAUUAAUAAAUUGCAUUUAAAUAAAGGACAUUUCAAGAUUUUCAAUGGAUACUACACAUGAGAUGAAAAUACUAAAAUGGAUGAUGACAUGAAGGAGUCACAAAAUGUCAGCUCCGUUCACUCUCUCCAACCGCCCCCUUUACUUUAGCAGGAUGAGCUGGGACUCCACCUCUGAUCUAUUCAGGAUACAUGCAGAAUGAUCCCACCCCUCAUCUAGUGGCACAUUUCAUCUGCCUGCCUAAUUAUCAUUGACCGACCGGUAUUGGAUAGUUGGUUGCAGUAGUCUACAUCCAUCUUCUUUACUGUUUCUAUAUCAAAAUAAUCUCUCAGUUUUGUCAAUCUAUCAACAAUCAUCAUGCCCCUAGGGCCAAGAAGAAUAUGUGGACAGCUAGUUUUUGAGUCCUUGUAGAAGAGGAAGACACUGGCUGAUCUGGGUGGUGCUAUGGCAUCACUUUGAGACUUAAUUUUCUCUUCUUUUUGGGGGGGUGGGUUGUUUUUUUUUCUUUCUUUUUUUAAAUGUCUGAAAUUAAAAUGAGACCAUACAUCGGAAGUGAAGGUACGAGGGACUGGUUCUCAAAGACUCCAGGGAUCUCCUACCGACAAAGGUCCAGAUUCUACUCCUCACAUGUCCCAAUUUUUCUCCUCUCAGUCCUGAUCUCGCCCACUCUGUCCAUCCAUAUGGGCUCAGUUGAAAGCCACAGUGAGUUCAGCUGUGAGCCCAUCGGACUCAGAAUGUGCCAGGAUCUGCCUUAUAACACCACCUUUAUGCCCAAUUUACUCAACCAUUAUGACCAACAGACAGCUGCAUUAGCAAUGGAGCCAUUCCAUCCCAUGGUAAACCUGGCAUGCAGCACAGAGCUGAGGAUGUUUCUGUGUGCUCUGUAUGCACCGGUGUGCACCGAGUAUGGCCGUGUUUCCAUGCCAUGCAGAGCCCUCUGCCACCGUGCCAAGGACGACUGUCAUAAACUAAUGGAGAUGUUUGGAGUUGCCUGGCCAGAUGAGAUGGAGUGCAGCAGGUUUCCAGAUUGUGAUGAGGCCUACCCUCGUCUAGAGGACCUCAUAACUGCCUCCGACCCCACUGACCAGUCGUCUUUGACCGUCCAGAGAGAUUAUGGCUUUUGGUGCCCCAGAGAGCUCAAGGUCGACCCUGAGCUGGGCUACAUUUUCCUGGGUAGAAGAGACUGCUCUGCUCCCUGCCCUUCAAUGUUCUUCAGCCCACAGGAACUGAAUUUUGCACGCUACUUCAUCGGAGUCGUCUCUAUCGUCUGUCUGUCUGCCACGCUGUUCACCUUCCUGACAUUCCUUAUUGAUGUCACCAGAUUUCGCUACCCAGAGCGGCCAAUCAUCUUUUAUGCUGUGUGUUACGUCAUGGUAUCACUAGUAUUCUUCUUGGGAUUCGUAUUGGAGAACAGGGUAGCAUGUAACUCUGCCAGUUCUGCCCACUUCCGAGCCUCAACAAUAACACAAGGCUCUCACAACAAGGCUUGUACUCUGUUCUUCAUGGUCCUCUAUUUCUUCACCAUGGCCGGCAGUGUCUGGUGGGUCAUCUUGACCAUCACUUGGUUCCUGGCUGCUGUACCAAAGUGGGGCAGUGAAGCCAUUGAGAAGAAAGCCCUCCUCUUCCAUGCCUGUGCCUGGGGGCUCCCAGGGGCCCUGACUAUCACUCUUUUGGCCCUGAAUAAGAUCGAAGGCGAUGGGAUCAGUGGAGUGUGCUUCAUAGGGCUGUAUGAUAUAGAUGCCCUGAGGUGGUUCAUCCUGGCACCACUCUGCCUCAAUGUGGCCGUUGGCAUCUCUCUGCUGUUAGUGGGCAUCGUGGCUCUUAACCGGGUGCGCAUGGAGAUCCCCCUGGAGAAGGAGAACCAGAACAAACUUGUUAAGUUCAUGAUCCGAAUUGGCGUGUUCUCAGUACUUUACCUGGUCCCCUUGCUCACUGUGAUCGGAUGUUACAUGUAUGAACACACCUACCGAAGUGUAUGGGAGACCACCUGGGUCAAGGAGAACUGCAGGCGCUACCAUAUCCCCUGCCCAUACCAGGUUGACCAGACCAGCCAGCCUGCCUUAACUGUGUUCCUGAUUAAAUACCUGAUGAUGUUGGUGGUGGGGAUUCCCUCUGUCUUCUGGGUCAGCAGCAAGAAGACCUGCUUUGAAUGGGCCAGCUUCCUGCAUGGGCGCAGACGCAAAGAUGGAGUGAAUGAGUCUCGCCAGGUGCUCCAGGAACAGCCAGAUUUUGCCCAGUCUCUUCUCCGAGACCCUCACACUCCCAUCAUCAGGAAGUCCAGAGGAACAUCCACACAGGGAACCUCCACCCAUGCCUCCUCCACUCACCUGGCCACUCUUGAUGAUGUUGAUGAGCCGGUAAGAGCCCACCAUGGUGCCCCUGCAUCUACCAGGAGUAAAGCCAGCAGUGUCCACAGCAAAGCCAGUUAUCACGGUAGUCUACACCGCUCCCGCGAUGGAAGGCACUCUACUGGUGGUGACCGUGGUACUGAGGAGCGCAGUUUCCAUGGCAGCAUGCCCCACCUCGACCAUCCGCUGUCUACUUAUCAGCUGGACAGCCAAUCAAAGCAUGGCAGCCAGCGAGACAUGUCCCAGACUCCCCCUACCCUCAUCACCCAUGGCACCACAGCUGAUGACAGCCAGGUUGCAGGGGAUGAUGGUGCCAGUGCAUGA